AUGGUGACGGAGGAGGUGCGCGUGGUCUACAGCGAGCACCCGCCGCCGGGCCUGCGGCUGCGCGAAGAGGAGCGGCGAGAUGCCGUUUUUGUCGCCGUCCCAGCGGAGGGAAUGCGCGAGGGCCGGGGCGUCGUGUCGGCUGCCGGCGUGGCGACAGUGGCCUGCAAGCAGCUGCAGCUGCCAGUAGCGGGCGCUGCGUUGCAGCUCAGUCUCCACGGCGUGGUGCUGUCUCCUCAACAAGAUGUGGUUGAUUUGUUGGAGAGCAUUCCGCAAGGUACUCGCAGUCGCAUUGUAUUCCUUCUCAGUCCUGUUGGCAACGAGGAGCUCGAAGAGCAACAGCAGAAGCAGAAAAAGAGUAAAACUAGAGGGGUGGUGUUUGCCGAAGCACUGCCCCCAUCGACAGCAGUGUCAGUCGCGGCCAUGGGCCGCUGUGCAAUGACCCAGCAGCAGCAGCAGGUGGUGGUGGAGGAAGAGGAGGCACUUUUUUGUGUGAAUGAGAAAAGUGUCAAGGAGCGCUUCGGAACGCCAACAGCACAGUGUCUGUUUCGUGAAUCGUGGUUAAACCCGAAGCGAUGUUCUCAUUGCCACCGCGUGCGUGAACAGCAUAGCACGUUCAGCCCGACCCGCCAGGAAGCCUUUGCUAGCGCCAUGACGCUGGCCAACGAGGGGGUCUGUUUACGGUGGAAGCAGGCGCCGCCAAAGCCACAUCAAGCUCCACGAGUGCAGCCGCACAAUCCACCACAGGGAGAGGAUCAAGAGGAAAGAACGGGUGGUGCGCCGGUGCUGCCGUACUACUACGCUGAUCCGCAGCAGUGGGAGCCACAGCGGGGGGCACAGUAUCACGCCUGCGCGGAGGCAUGUCAUGACUUCUUCAUGUUGUGGGGAAAUCCCACGGUGUGCGCCCGCUGCCACCGAGCAAAGGACGCCCACCGGCCGGAGGCAAUACCGCCAACGCCGCGAUUGGCGGCAACUCCGGCUGGGCGUGUCCGGCGGCCGCCAUCAUCGAAUGUCGCGGACGGUGCCUUGUCGCCGUGUCGUGUGCGCAAGUCUUGUGAGCUUUUUACUCCCUUGUGGAACAACAACGAGUACUGUUCAACGUGUUACAUGCAGAAGUCAAGUCAUGCGUCAUCGCCGGCCGUAGGGCGGUCGUCAUUGUCUCGAGUAACCCCCCGGCGGCGGCCACAUCAGCAGCAGCAGCCCGUCUCAACUGCACAACCGAAGCAGCAGCGUGUGACAGAUUGGCUCUCCACCUCUGCAAACGAAAGUGGUGAGUCGGCUGGGGAGAUGUGCAAUAGUAGCCGCGCUGUCACAACAGUGGCGAGAAAUGUUGAGAGACUAGAGAGUAUGGAGCUGGUGGCCGCCGCUGGUGCUUCUACAAGCACAUUCCCCCCUCCCUCCUCGUUCUCCGCGUUACUGAUGCCGCAGACGGAGGCUCUUGCGUUUUCCUGUGCUCCCCUGGAGGCUGCAACACGCCGCUCUGUAGUGCCCUCAUGGGCAACGUCACCAUCCAGAGUCCAGCGCAUGUGUGGAGUGGCAGCAUCUGCACGAGACAUCCCGUGGGAUAUCGUGCUGCGCUACGUGACGCUGGAGGGGCUGCUGGUGUGCAGAAACGUCUGCAGACGCCUACAUGCCACUGCCGUUCCACUUAUCGAGGUGAAUUGCCGGUACAUUUUGGACACACUCGACGUGCCACUCCAGAAGCGAAACCUGCUUGCAACGUGCGCAGAUCGGUACGCAUCGGUGAUUGUGGAUGCCAUGAGUCAAAAAGUGGCACGCUGUGACCCCGCUGACGCGGCCACGCAUCCUCUGCGCUUUUUUCGCCACUGUGUCCUGCAGCUCUUCCGCGCAGCGCAGGCAGUAGUGCUUCCCUCAGGAAGUUCUGGGUCGCCAUCAAAGAAGAGCAGAGAGUUUUGUGUGGUGGCGGCGGCGGCGGCGGCGGCGGCCUCACCUGCCGAGGUUGCGGUGGUCAUUGCGGCCAGAGGCGCACCACCACCACCACCAAGUGACUUGCCUAACCGGGGCAGCCCCACCCACAUGGAUGAAGGAGAUAUAGAUUUUGUGCGCUCUGUGCUUCAGAGUCUGGUGUCGUGUGACACUAUUACGGUGUCUCAGAUGGCAAUUGAGUGCAUAGUGGACUCUUUUGACGCCAUUGGCGUGGCCGCCGCCGCUUCUCUCGUGCGUCUCUAUGAGGACGAGCAACAAAGCGGUAGGGGCAACCGUACAGAGUGCACACAGUUUCUGUCACUUGGUGAGUUUUUUGAGGAGUUUGCGCUCAUGCCGCUGGUUGACUUCCUGCACGCUGUGGAGGUUGUGGCGCAAAUGAAGUGGUGGGCCCGCGGGUGCUUGGACGUGCUUCGCCGCGGCCCGUGUCAAAUGCAUGGCGGCGCUGACUAA